UCAAUACAAAUAACAGAUACAAAACGUACUACUCUAAAAUGAUUUCCUACGUGAGUUUAUUUCUGAUGGCUGUAAUAAUUGCCUCGACACAAGCUUCUGAUGGGGUUGAAAGAGAUGACGGAUUUUAUCGUCAACCAUUUAGAGGAUUCGGUCAGCCAGGCUUCAACCAACCGUUUGGUGGAAACUUUUUCAACCCCUUCAACCAAGGAUUCUUUGGAGGUGCUGGGAGAUUCUUGGGAGGUGCUCCUAGAUUUUUAGGUGGUGCUCCUGUUUUUGGUGGAAAUCCAUUUUUUGGUGGUAAUCAAUUCUUUGGAAGAGGACGCGGGGGAUUCGAUUCCAGAAAAAAAUGAAUAAUUUUAACAUCACACAUUUCCAUUUUAUAAUUCAAUUUUCAUACUUAAUAAAAAAUUAUCAUCACU